GCUUCCAUUACUACUCUCCUGGGCUCAGUGACGAAAGUACGACUCUAUCGCUGUUUCGAAUUCCAGAAUUGGCGAUACGCAGAUGGCGUCCUAUCCAGCGUUCCUAUUUUUCUCGAGGCUAAGGUUAAGGAGGUGUUCCAAUGUUAUCAAAGCAUCCUCAGUACUGCCUUAGUCGCGCCAGUACUUAGGCCACUCGUUCCACCCGAUCCUGAUGCCGCACAACCCUCCACUCUUGCAGGAAAUUUGAACAUCGACAAUGCCUCGCGUCUUCUUCAUCACAGGUACAAGCCGUGGCCUCGGCCAUGCUUUAGCCCAAGUCCUGCUUGACGCCGGCGAGUACGUCGUCGCGACCGCUCGCAACCCAGCCACCCUCUCCUUCCGUGGAACCACGCCUGCCAACUACCUCCCCCUCAAGCUCGACGUUACGUCCACCCCUGAUAUCGAAGUCGCAUUCACUUCCACACUUGAAAAAUUCAAGCGCAUCGACGUCGUCAUUAACAAUGCUGCAUUCGGCCUCGUCGGUCCCCUGGAAACUCUCACCGACGCCCAGAUCCGCCAACAGUUCGACACCAACUUCUUCCCCGUUGCCACCAUCACACGCAAGGCAAUGGGGGUCAUGCGCACGCAGUCGCCGCCCGGAGGCGUGAUAAUGCAAGUCUCAAGCGUGGGCACGCUGGUCGGUUUCCCUAUGCUGAGCGCCAUGUGCGCGAGCAAGUGGGCAAUAGAAGGCUUCACGGAGGCCGUGAGACAAGAAAUGAAGCCAGAAUGGGGCAUCAAGCUGGUGUCCGUAAAGCCGGACACCCUCGACACGGAUGCGCAUACCAAGAGCAUGGUGUAUGGAGAAGUAGUGGUGCCGCAGUACGCCCAUAUGGAUGGGAGGGCAUUUGUAAAGAGUCUUAUGGAGAUGCCGGCUGUUGAUGCGGCGAAGGCGGCAAAGGCCAUGUAUGCGUUGUCGAAGAUGGAGGACCCGCCGAUGAAUGCGAUUCUUGGGGAUAAUGUGCGCAAGAUUGCGAGGGACAAGAUGAAGAGGGAUGAAGAAUUGUUGGACAGGGAUGAUCUUGUUGGGCUUGUGAAACGCAAUGACUAGUACUGGAAGAGUGGGAUGUGGCUUUCCGGUCGCAUUGAGCUCUUUGAUGCCACAGUUUUUCCGAUGUCUCUCAGAGUCACUCCCCCUAGUAUCUCGAAGACAGCAACAUCGGCGCCUGAUUCUUUGGCCAACCAGUUCCUCAACUCUAGACCUACUAACGAGUCUACCCCGUAGCUGUCUAACGUCGAAUCAAGGCCUAUUUGCUCAGCUGGGAGGCCAAGAACUCGGCUCAACUUCAUCCUGAGUGACUCUGAAACAACAAGGCCACCGGCGGUGAAUG